ACUAAUCAUUUUUGAAUCCCCGUUCUUUCCUCAAGUCGUCGAGCUCCGGAGUAUCCGUAGUCACAGUCUAGCGCGUUCUUCUUGUUUCGUCUUAUAGAAAUUCUAUCCCUAUAAUUUUUGGACAGAAACCCUAGAUUACUUGGAAUUCGAAGGCUCGAUCUGUCGCUCAGAUCUGAUUAUCUUGUGGCGUGACCAUUUUGGAUUAAAAUCCAUGGCAUCGCGAAGGAGAAUGCUUUUGAAAGUCAUCAUUCUGGGCGAUAGCGGGGUUGGCAAGACAUCGCUUAUGAAUCAGUAUGUUAGCCAUAAAUUCAGUAAUCAAUACAAGGCGACCAUAGGUGCUGAUUUCCUUACCAAGGAAAUUCAGUUUGAGGACAGGCUUUUCACGUUGCAGAUAUGGGAUACAGCCGGGCAGGAGAGAUUUCAGAGCCUUGGCGUGGCUUUCUACCGUGGUGCAGAUUGCUGUGUUCUUGUUUAUGAUGUUAAUGUCAUGAAGUCAUUUGACAACCUAAACAAUUGGAGGGAAGAAUUUUUAAUUCAGGCUAACCCAUCAGAUCCAGAGAACUUCCCAUUUGUGGUUAUUGGAAACAAGAUAGAUAUUGAUGGUGGCAACAGCCGAGUGGUUUCUGAGAAGAAAGCAAGGGCUUGGUGUGCCUCAAAGGGUAAUAUUCCCUAUUUUGAAACAUCAGCUAAGGAGGGAAUAAAUGUAGAAGCUGCAUUUCAGUGUAUUGCCAAGGAUGCUCUAAAAAAUGAACCUGAGGAUGAAAUAUAUCUCCCGGACACCAUUGAUGUUUCCGGCGGUCAACCGCAAAGAUCAUCAGGAUGUGACUGCUAGAACCUGUGCUUUCGUCCUUCCUGGUCCGCUGUUGUCAACUAAAUUGUUUAGAAGAUUGUUACUGCAAUCUAUAUCCUUGCUAUUUUCCCUUAAUAGGCUUACUUGGUUCUAUUUUCUUUGGUCUUUCCAAGUUCUCUGUUGUUAUAUUUGUAGAUAAUGCUCAAGAAAUUGAUUAAGCAAACUCGAUUUAACACCUCUUAAACUGUAAAGGAUGUGUAAAAUGCAUAAUGUUUUUUUUUUUCGGGGUGAUUCGUGUACUGCAGUUUUACCAGAGAAAACUGAAUAUAUGAGCACUACUGCUAUUGUUUUCGGUGA